GGCGCACGUAUACUAUGGCUGGCUGAUGAAAAAAGAAGGAAAAAAGAAGCUAUUUUACGGCAGUGCCGGAAACUAUUCUGUCACAACGAUUUCGCUCACGGCACACGCGUGUACAGGUCAGUUCGUUGUUGAUAAGUUCAACAUGGCUAAAGUUUCUAAAAAGAAAGUAAACAAAAAGAAUCUCAAAAAAAGCUUCGAGCUAACAGAUGAAAGCGCGACAGUGAAUGAACAUGUGGUCUACGAUGACGACGAAGAGGAGCAGGAGUUAAAUGAAGCUGAUGAAAACAUCACGAGUGAAGAGGAGGAGUAUGGCUGCGAGGAUGACCGAAAACGCCAAAAGCUGCUGGAGGCCAUCAGCGCUCUUGGAGGUAAGAGGAAGAAAAGGCUGGGGGAGAGGUCCGAGGCGGCCGUGCAGAUGUCUGAGUUUACGGUCAACGCAGAGGGGGAGGGCGACAAAAUCGACCUGUCUGACCUGAUCGGGACUAUGGACAAAACCCCUGCUAUUUCUGCCAAGACCAAGAAUCGGCUGAGGAAACUGCAAAAGAGUAAAAAGACCAUUGAGUGUCCUCUCAGCAAGCAGGAGACUGAGAGGAUCCAGAGAGAUGUGGCAUUUCAGAAGGCAGCUACAGAGGUGUCCAGGUGGGACGGUAUCAUCAAACAGAAUCAGAGGGCUGAGCAACUGGUCUUCCCCGUGAACCAGGAGCCCUCUGGCCCCAAACCCAUGGAGAGGGUGGUGACCAGCUGGAAGGCACAAACCCCACUUGAGCAAGAAAUAUUUGCCCUCCUCUCUGCUAACAAGCAGCCCAUCACUGACCCCAUCCUGACCCCCACUGAGACAGCCUCUCUGAAGGCAAUGAGUCUGGAGGAGGCCAAGAUCCGCCGUGCAGAGCUGCAGAAAGCUCGGGCUCUGCAGUCAUACUAUGAGGCCAAGGCCCGGAGAGAGAGGAAGAUCAAGAGCAAGAAAUACCAUAAAGUGCACAAUAAGGACAAACGUAAAGUGUUCCUGAAGCAGUUUGAUGAGAUGGUGAAGACAGACCCAGCUGCUGCCUUAGAGGAGCUAAAUAAGAUGGAGCUGGCCAGGAUGCAAGAGCGGAUGUCACUGAAACACCAGAACAGUGGCAAGUGGGCCAAGUCGAAGGCAGUCAUGGCCAAAUAUGAUGAGGGGGCUCGCAAAGCCAUGCAGCAGCAGCUGGAGGUGAAUAAAGAGCUCACUCAGAAGCUGAUAACAUCACUGAAUAAUGAGGAAGAGGAGGAAGGAGUUGAUGUAGAGGUGAUGCCUGAUUUUGUGAAUGAUGCAGAGCAAGGGCUGGAUUCUUCAAAUCCCUGGAUGAGAGGCAAGCUCUCUGAAGAUCACACAGAAAAAGAGAUAAGUGAUAUUGUGGAUCUUUCAGCAGAGGGAGCUGGAGUAGCAGAAAAUACUGCUGAAGAAGAAGAGGAUACAGAGAAGGUUGAGGAAACAGAAGAGGAAGCACUUCUCAGAGAGUUUGACAGCAGGAGAAAACUGCGUCAGGCUCAGGAGGCUGAUGUGGUACCUGUAAUAGGUGUGGAUGGUGAGGAGGAGGAGGAGGAGGUGGUGGUGGAGAAUAAGUCUGCAGCAGAGGAGCUAGAUGCUUCAGACAAAGAGGCAGAGGAGCUUACAGAGUUCACAAGCCUCUUCCGAGGAAUAGCAGAGCAGGCUGAGGCAGCAGCAGAUGCCAGCCCAAGCGACACUAAAACUCAGCUGGACGAAGGGCUGAUGAGGAUCAAGACUCUUGAGGAUGUGGAACUGCUCAGUCAGGAGGAAUCAGCCCCAGAAAUAGCAUCUGUUCAGCCCCAGCCAUCCCCAGCUACAGAAAACCUGCCACAUGCAACCCAGCAGGGGGGAAAAAACAGAAAAAGGAAGAGAGGGAUUGAGCUGAAAGAGGUUCUCACCAAAGAGACAAAGGUCAUCCAAGUUCCACUUGCUCCAACAGUUGAGGACAAAGAGGACUCGGAUGAAAACCUGGACCAGAGGGGGCUCAUUAAAGAGGCCUUUGCUGGAGAUGACGUCAUCUCAGAUUUUCUUAGGGACAAAAGGAAGCAGGAGGAUGCAGGGAAACCUAAGGUGGUGGACCUGACGCUGCCUGGGUGGGGGGAGUGGGGAGGGAUGGGCCUCAAGGUGUCCCGCAACAAACGCAGGAGGUUCAGGAUUAAGACUGCGCCACCUCCACCCAGGAAAGAUGAACGUCUGCCUAGCGUCAUCAUCUCGGAGAGGAAAAACAGCUCCAUCAGCCUCCACCAGGUGAACUCGCUGCCCUUUCCCUUUGAGAACCACUCGCAGUUUGAGAGCAUUAUCUGCUCUCCAGUGGGCCGCACCUGGAACACCGAGCGGACUGUUAAAAGGGUCACCAAGCCCAAGGUGGUCACCCGGCUGGGUGCCAUCAUCGAGCCUAUGGCUCGGGAGGAGCUGAUGAGGGACAAAAAUCACGGUUCUGCUGGGAAUGCCAAGUAGUGUGGACUCAGAGAAAAGAAAACCUAGCAACAAAUGAUACUGAAAUGAUCAAAAAAAAUAAAUAAUGAUGUUACAACUUAUCCACUAAGCAGACAUUGUAACUUUACAUUCUGUGUGGGUUGCUAUGGGACAAUACUUCAGUCCAUGUGAGAAUUGUUUUGUAUUUAGGGAUGUGAAAUUAUGUCAGACUAUAACUCAUCCUGUUUCUGGACAUUUUCAUAUUGUCAUUGAGAUGUGUUAAAUAUAUUGUUAACCUCUUAGAUGAUACUUGAAAUAAAUUCCACCUGUGGAGUUGGACAUUG